UGUUGGAACUCGAAGAAAAUGGUGGAACUAAGUAUAGGUUUCACCCAUUUAUCAUUUUGUUUCAUUGAUACUACCUCCGUUAAUUCCACUAAAAAGUUUGGGGAAAAUUUUGUUUUGCAAAUAUAGAAUUUUCGUGUAUUCUGUAAAUUUUAUAUUAUUUAAUGAUAACAAAUCGUAACUUUAUUAAAAAAAUAUAUUUAUAAAAAUUAAUACAUUUAUUAUAAAUUUAAUAUGUCUUCUUAAUACUAUGAACAAAAAAAAAAAUUUAUGAAACCGAAAAGUACUAAUAUAUAUACCAUCAAAAGAUAUAUAUUAGAUAAUCCUCAUAAAACAAAAAAUGAAAAAAAGAUCUAUUACUUCACGUUCAUAAUAUAUCAUGACCAUCAAAAGAUAAGUAAAUCACAACACUUGUGUAUUAAGUCCACAGCCGCCAAAUAAACUUGCCAUGCAAAAAAAAAAAAAAAGACUUGCCAUGCAAAUAUAUAAAUGAAAGCUUCGUCGUACAACAUUUUAUUUAUUUUUUUGCUAAGAAUGCUAAUAUCAUAUUUAAUGAUGUUCAGAUUUUACAAAGUAGAAUCUAAAAAAAACUCUACCUAGGCAAAAACAAAUAAAACAAAGGUAGAUUAAGUAGAGCAACAUUACACAAAGAUUAAGUGAUCCAAAGAGAUCAAGAGGGUACGAAAUUGCUUCCUAUUUCUUCUUGCCAAGAUCGUAUUGUUGACAUCCUUAUAAAUCAUUUUCGAGAUCACAGGAGAAAGAACCACACAGCUGUUGUGAUAAGCGGUGUUUCUCUGUUUCCAAAGAUGAAAGAUAGUCGCUUGAGUCGCCAACAUUUUACAACAUUUUAUUUAUCUUUAGUAUUGUUUAUCUUUUCUGUGAUAAACUAUAUUAUUAGAAGAAUGAUAAACUAUAUUUUCUUAAGAAAGACAUUAUUGGUAACAUUUUUUUAUAGCUUUAAGAAAAUAUUGACGUAAUCAAUUCUUGGAUUGUGCUAACUACGAUAUGUCUUGUAAGAGGAAUGUGAUGUUAGAAUAAGAAGAGCCUCCUUCAUACAUAGCCCUGUGAGACAGCUUUCCAAGCUCUUUGGCUCUUCUUCUUCUCUCCUUAGCAUCAUCACCAUCACCCAUCAAUUCUUCCACUGCCUUCUUCACACCUUCAUUAUCCACCAACACGCCUAUCUUCUCCUCUUCUCCCCAUUUCAUAACCUCUUCAAUCCCAGCUCCUACACCGGCUUUAAGAACCUGCACGAUUGGUAUUAGUUUUAGUUAUUCAUUUAUAAAAUUUUUAAGAUAUGUCUAAAAGAAAUUUAAGCUGACUUUCGGAAUUUGACUUCAGAAAGUGAAAGUUAUUAUCAUUGACUUGUCUUCUGCUGGACUUGCUGACUAAGUCUCCAAUUAUAAAUAAAGCAAGGGAAAUAGAGCUGAAUGACAAAAAAACAUAAUUAAGUAUAUAACCAAAGAAAUAAAAAAUAAAAAAGCUUUCCUUAUAUUAUCACAACAUAUACUAAUAAAUCACUUUUAUUAAUCGGUUAAUGAGAAAGAGCAAACAAUAUAUACUUAUUUAUAGAAGUUUUCACAUAUGAUGCUUUUAAUUAAAAACAAAAAUUAUUCAUUCAAGUCAUCAAAUAUUUCAAAAGAUAUGUAUUAUAAUAUGAUAUAUCAUACAAAUUACACUAAAUAUAAUGUUAUGCAAUAUUUUUUAAUUAGAUAGAUUAUUUUUCAGUUUUCAAUAUACUAUAUAAUAAAAGUAUAUUCGUUACAUAGAAAGUCUUGUCAUAUAAUAAUAUGUUAGACACGAAUCCUAGAAUAACAUGUUAGUCCAUUGAAUUUGAUUUUUGCUGCCUCUGAUAGUUAUUUCCGUGGGCAAAGCUUAGAUUAGGAGACUUUGAACUGAACGUUGAAUUUUCAAAGACAAAUUGAUUUUGGUAAUGUCCGAGAGAGAGAGAGAGAGUUCAAUUUGAUUUGUGUCUUCUUGAACGUAAUAAUCUGUCUUUAAAGUACAGUUUUACGUCAUCUACUACAUCAUUUUGGUUAAGCCAUUUUUAUUCCCACUCUUCUUAUCCUCCAUAUAGUCAAAAACAAAACUCGAAAGUUCUUCACUGAUUUAAAACAAGUAUGGCUUCCCAAAAACCUCAACAAGCUCAUCCACCUCUUCACUUUGUUCUCUUCCCUUUCAUGGCUCAAGGCCACAUGAUUCCCAUGGUCGAUAUUGCAAGGCUCCUGGCUCAGCGCGGCGUGACCAUAACAAUUGUCACGACGCCCCACAACGCAGAGAGGUUCAAGAAUGUCUUAAACCGUGCCGUGGAGGCUGGUUUGCCCAUCAACGUAGUGCAUGUGAAGCUUCCAUACCAAGAAGCUGGGCUGCCAGAAGGAAAAGAGAACAUGGAUUCGCUUGACUCCAAGGAUUUGAUAGUACCUUUCUUUAAAAUGGUUAACAUGCUCGAAGAACCGGUCAUGAAGCUACUGGAAGAGAUGAAGCCUAGACCAAGCUGUCUAAUAUGUGAUUUGUGUUUGCCUUAUACAAGCAAAAUCGCCAAGGCCUUCAAUAUACCAAAGAUCGUUUUUCAUGGAUUCUCUUGCUUUUGCCUUUUGUGUAUGCAUGUUUUACGCCAAAACCUAGAGAUCUUGCAGAAUUUGAAGUCGGAAAAAGAGUAUUUCUUUGUUCCUAAUUUUCCUGACAAAGUUGAAUUCACAAAGCCUCAAGUUCCAGUGAGAAUCAAUGCAACUGGAGACUGGAAGGAGUUCUUGGAUGCAAUGGCAGAAGCAGAAAACACAUCAUAUGGUGUAAUAAUCAACACAUUUCAGGAGUUAGAGGAUGCUUAUGUCAAAGAUUACAAAGAGGCUAGAGAUGGGAAAGUAUGGUCCAUUGGACCUGUUUCCUUGUGCAACAAGAAAGGAGCUGACAAAGCCGAGAGGGGAAACAAGGCGGUCAUUGAUCAAGAAGAAUGUUUUGAAUGGCUUGAUUCUAAAGAAGAAGGGUCAGUGCUAUAUGUUUGCCUUGGAAGUAUUUGCAAUCUUCCUCUGUCUCAGCUAAAGGAGCUAGGGCUAGGCCUAGAGAAAUCCCAAAGACCUUUUAUUUGGGUCAUUAGAGGUUGGGAAAAGUAUAAUGAGCUAGCUGAGUGGUUCUUAGAGAGUGGUUUUGAAGAAAGGGUCAAAGAGAGAGGGCUUCUCAUAAAAGGAUGGGCACCACAAGUGCUUAUCCUUUCACACCCUUCUGUAGGAGGAUUCUUGACUCAUUGUGGAUGGAACUCGACUCUAGAAGGAAUCACCUCAGGUGUUCCAUUGCUCACAUGGCCAUUGUUUGGAGACCAGUUCUGCAACCAGAAACUGGUUGUGCAGGUUCUUAAAGUUGGUGUAGGAGCUGGGAUUGAAGAAACUAUGAAAUGGGGAGAAGAGGAUAAAAUAGGAGUGUUGGUGGAUAACGAAGGAGUGAAGAAGGCAGUUGACGAAUUGAUGGGUGAUGGUGAUGAUGCAAAAGAGAGAAGACGAGUAGUCAAAGAGCUUGGAAAGGUAGCUCACAGGGCUGUGGAUGAAGGAGGCUCUUCUCAUUCUAACAUCACAUUCCUCUUACAAGACAUAUCGCAAUUAGCACAAUCCAAGAACUAAUUAAGUUAUUUUAAUAUAUAUUUGUUUAAAUUUAUAAAAUAGAUGUUACAAAUAAUUUUUUUUCUUAAAUAAAAUACAGUUUAACAUGAGUGUAUUUUAUUAUUAUAAAUGUUGACUCAAAAAUGUUUUUCUCGA